AUGAAGGGAGACACCAGACAGCUCAACAGAGAGGAGGACGCCAGCGGGAGGGAAGACUCCAUCAUCACUAAUGGGGGCUGCAGCGACCAGUCUUCUGACUCCAAGGAUGCGCCCUCACCCCCUAUCCUGGAGGCUAUCAGCACCCCGGAGAUCAGAGUCCGUAGAUCAAGUUCACGGCUGUCCAAGAGGGAGGUCUCCAGUCUGCUAAGUUAUACUCAGGAUCUGACGGGUGAUGGAGAUGGUGAGGGGGAAGACGGAGACGGCUCUGACACCCCAGUGAUGCCCAAACUCUUCCGUGAAACCAGGACUCGGUCUGAAAGCCCAGCUGUCCGAACCCGAAAUAACACCAGUGCCUCCAGCCGGGAGAGACCCAGGUCCUCCCCGCGUUCCACCCGAGGCCGGCAGGGCCGUAAUCCUGUGGAUGAGUCCCCCGUGGAGUUCUCAGCUACCAGGUCCCUCAGGCGGCGGACAGUAUCCUUGGCAGGCACGCCGUGGCCGUCCCCAGCCAGCCCCUACCUCACCAUUGACCUCACGGAUGACGAUGUGGUGCCCCAGAGCAGCAGUACGCCCUACACCCGCUUGGCCCAGGACAGCCAGCAGGAUGGCCUCGAGUGCCCACAGGUGGACGCAGAGGGUAGAGAUGCCGACAGUGCCGAGUAUCAGGAUGGGAAGGAGUUUGGGAUAGGAGACCUUGUGUGGGGAAAGAUCAAGGGCUUCUCCUGGUGGCCUGCCAUGGUGGUGUCAUGGAAGGCCACCUCCAAGCGCCAGGCCAUGUCUGGCAUGCGGUGGGUCCAGUGGUUUGGUGACGGCAAGUUCUCUGAGGUGUCUGCAGAUAAGCUAGUGGCCCUGGGGCUGUUCAGCCAGCACUUUAACCUGGCGACCUUCAAUAAGCUGGUCUCUUACAGGAAGGCCAUGUACCAUGCGUUGGAGAAAGCCAGGGUACGGGCUGGAAAAACCUUCCCCAGCAGUCCUGGAGACUCAUUGGAGGACCAGCUGAAGCCCAUGUUAGAGUGGGCCCAUGGGGGCUUUAAGCCCACUGGGAUUGAGGGCCUCAAACCAAACAACAAGCAACCAGUGGUUAAUAAGUCGAAGGUGCGUCGUGCAGGCAGUGGGAACUUAGAAUCAAGGAAAUACGAGAACAAGACUCGAAGACGCACAGCUGACGACUCGGCCGCCUCGGACUACUGCCCACCACCCAAGCGCCUAAAGACCAACUGCUGUAACAAUGGCAAAGACCGAGGCGAGGAGGACCAGAGUCGAGAACAAAUGGCUUUGGAUGUUUGCAACAACAAGAGUAACCUGGAAGAUAGCUGUUUGUCCUGUGGUCGGAGAAACCCCGUGUCCUUCCACCCUCUCUUUGAGGGUGGGCUCUGCCAGACGUGCCGGGACCGCUUCCUCGAGCUGUUCUACAUGUACGACGAUGAUGGCUAUCAGUCCUACUGCACCGUGUGUUGUGAGGGCCGCGAGCUGCUCCUCUGCAGCAACACCAGCUGCUGCCGGUGCUUCUGCGUGGAGUGCCUGGAGGUGCUGGUGGGCACGGGCACCGCGGCAGACGCAAAGCUGCAGGAGCCCUGGAGCUGCUACAUGUGCCUCCCGCAGCGCUGUCAUGGCGUCCUCCGGCGCCGGAAGGACUGGAAUGUGCGCCUGCAGGCCUUCUUCACCAGCGACACGGGGCUCGAAUACGAAGCCCCCAAGUUAUACCCUGCGAUUCCCGCAGCCCGAAGGCGGCCCAUUCGAGUCUUAUCCCUGUUUGAUGGAAUUGCAACAGGGUACUUGGUCCUCAAAGAAUUGGGCAUCAAAGUGGAGAAGUACGUCGCCUCCGAAGUGUGUGAAGAAUCCAUUGCUGUUGGAACUGUGAAGCACGAGGGCAACAUCAAAUACGUGAAUGACGUCAGGAACAUCACGAAGAGAAAUAUUGAAGAAUGGGGCCCCUUCGACUUGGUGAUUGGUGGUAGCCCAUGCAAUGAUCUCUCAAAUGUGAACCCUGCCAGGAAAGGCCUGUACGAGGGUACAGGCCGGCUCUUCUUUGAGUUCUACCACCUGCUGAAUUACACGCGCCCCAAGGAGGGGGAUGACCGGCCCUUCUUCUGGAUGUUUGAGAAUGUGGUAGCCAUGAAGGUUGGCGACAAGAGGGACAUCUCUCGGUUCCUGGAGUGUAACCCAGUGAUGAUCGAUGCCAUCAAAGUGUCUGCCGCUCACAGGGCCCGCUACUUCUGGGGCAACCUGCCUGGAAUGAACAGGCCCGUGAUAGCAUCAAAGAAUGAUAAACUCGAACUGCAGGACUGCUUGGAGUUCAAUAGGACAGCAAAGUUAAAGAAAGUACAGACAAUAACCACCAAGUCGAACUCGAUCAGACAGGGGAAAAACCAACUUUUCCCUGUUGUCAUGAAUGGCAAAGAAGAUGUUUUGUGGUGCACUGAGCUAGAAAGGAUCUUCGGCUUUCCUGUACACUACACGGAUGUGUCCAACAUGGGCCGUGGUGCCCGCCAGAAGCUGCUUGGGAGGUCCUGGAGUGUGCCUGUCAUCCGACACCUCUUCGCCCCCCUGAAGGACUACUUUGCCUGUGAAUAGCCCUCCCAGGCACCCUGAGCCCAGGAGCACUGGGGCAUGUGGGGCAGAGCCAGGACCCAGUAGGUACAGCCCCAGUUCUGCCCUUCCUCUGCCCAGCAUUGUGGGGUCACGCCACAUAACCUUGGCAGGAGUAGAGCUGUGUGACCCACUCCUGGCAGGGGGAGCCUGAGGUGCCACCUCCUUGUGCACAAUUCAGACCUGGCCGCUAGGAGCGGCCAAACACGGUGCUCAUUUUGUCUUCUCUGAAAACAAAACUUGAAGUAGGUAGUAAGAUGGCUUUUUUUUCCCUCCUGGGUUUACUGCUCAGAGAAACAAUGGCUAAGAUACCAAAACCACAGUGCCGACAGCUCUCUAAUACUCAGGUUAAAGCUGAAAAAUCACCC